AUGAAUCUUGUGCAAGACGGCUUCCGUCGCAUAUACCGAUACAUAGACCCCGAACUACCAGAGCUCAUGGCCACCCAUCGCGAAGAGACCAACAGCGAGCGAGAACCACCCGAUCCCAUCGAAGUGGCCCCCCGCGGCACCAGCAUCGGCACCAGCAACGAUGGGUUUAGCUCUGAUGACGGUCUACGGCGCCCCGGCCGCAAGCCACCCGCGUACGUCCGGCACGACCGGUCUGAUCCUGACGGCCACUAUCCAAGGCAAGAAGGCGCUUCGGGACCGAUAGACACCCUGAGUCCGUUGGAGCAGGUCAUGUUCGCGCAGUAG